AUGGUGCUGCUACUGGCGGAGGCCGGCGUGCGCAUGCGGGGCCAGAGCAAGCCCUUCGCCUUCGCCUCCGAACAAGUCCUGCCUCACGCCGCCCGCCUCCUGGGCUACAAAGCCACCUACCCCGAGUACACCAGCGGCCCCGCCGCCCAGCAAGAAACCAACGCCCAAGCGCCUGCCAGUGGCUCGGCGCCGCCCUCGGAGCGGCGAGAGGAGCUGUGA